AUGGUUUUUGCUGGGCGGCGCUUUCGGCGCUGGCUGGAGACGAGACCCUUGAUCCCAGCCUACCUGACGGUCAGCAUCGAGCCGCUGCCGCCCGUGGUGGUGGGAGACGCUGUCACCCUGAAAUGCAACUUCAAGACGGAUGGGAAGAUGCGGGAGAUUGUCUGGUACCGGGUCCCCGAUGGUGGCACCAUCAAGCAGAAGAUCUUCACCUUCGAUGCCAUGUUCUCCACCAAUUUCUCGCACAUGGAGAAUUAUCGGAAGAGGGAGUCAGAUCUGGUCUACCAGUCCACCGUGCGCCUCCCCGAGGUUCGCAUUUCGGACAACGGUCCCUACGAGUGUCACGUGGGGAUUUAUGACCGAGCCACGCGGGAGAAAGUGGUCCUGGCCUCUGGGAACAUAUUCCUCAACGUGAUGGCUCCUCCGACGUCCAUCUCGGUGCUCGCCGCCAACACACCAGCGCCCUUCAGCCGCUACCAGACGCAGAACUUCACCCUGGUGUGUGUGGUCUCCGGUGGCAAGCCCGCCCCGCUGGUGUACUUCAAGCGGGACGGGGAGCCCAUCGAGGCCACCCCGCUGCCCGAGCCGCCGGGCGGCGCCGCGGGGCCGCCGGCCGGCGCCGGGAGCUGGGCACCCCGUAACCUCCUUCACCGCGACCUGGAUGACACCAAGGUGCCGAAAUCGCUGGCAGCUGAAGGGGAGGUGGGAGGCGGGCGACCCCCGGCCACGGCAGAACCCCCGCGGGGGCUGGCGGCCGAGCGGGGUCCUGUCACCGAAACCAUCCCCGAAACGGUGGUGAGCCGGGAAUUCCCACGAUGGGUGCACGUGGCGGAGCCCAUCUACUAUUUCCGCCACACGCAUGCGCCUGUCAGCGACGGGACGGUGGAGGCGCGGGCCACCCUCACCUGGACCCUGAACCCCCAAAUCGACAACGAGGCGCUCUUCAGCUGUGAGGUGAAGCACCCGGCGCUCUCCACACCACUGCAGACCGAUGUGCUUUCAGUUGCUCCCAAGGGCCCGAAGAUCAUGAUGACCCCAACAAGAGCCCGCGUCGGAGACACCGUGCGAAUCUUGGUGCAGGGCUUCCAGAAUGAAGUCUUCCCCGAGCCCCUCUUCACCUGGACCCGAGUGGGGAGCCGGCUCCUCGACGGCAGCACCGAACAUGAUGGCAAGGAGCUGGUGCUGGAGCGGGUGCCGGCCGAGCUCAACGGCUCCAUGUACCGCUGCACCGCCCAGAACCCCCUGGGGUCCACCGACACCCACACCCGGCUCAUCGUUUUCGAAAACCCAAAUAUUCCCAGAGGAACAGAGGACUCCAAUGGUUCACUUACCGGCCACUGCGGCUUCAGACUAGUUUUGGCGCUCACCCUAACAGUGAUCCUGGAGCUAACGUGA